GGGUUUGUAAACGAGCUUCCCUUUCCUCCCAACCCUAGGCCGUCUCUCGAUCUCCGGCAAAUUUUUCGGCAGAGUUGCGCCGUAUCCUUCUUGGUCUUUUUGAGGACCUGAUUGUAAGAUGGGUGAAUUUACUAUCGAGAUAACCCCAAGUCUAAUCAAUCAACUCCUUGAUGAUGGUCAGAAGUCGAAGAGAAGAACAAGAACUAAAACCAAGGCAUCACAACGAUCCCAACCUAAGAUAGAUCAGAAGCAAAUAUCUGAUGAUUCUGGAAAAGAGAAAGGGGCAACAGGAACGGCGUGGCCAGUUCAACCCCCCUUAUUUCUGCCAGUACCACCACCUGUUUACCCCACAACUUCAGAGUUGGAUGCAAUUAAGUCUAUUGUUCGAGAGAGCGAGAUGGUUGUGGAAAAGUUGCGGAAGCAAGAGGAGAGCAUGGUGCAGGAAGUAACUCAAAAGGCUAAGGAUCUUCAUGAGAAGGAAUUUAAGAUACCAGAACCAAAGCCUAUGCCCUGUUUGGCUGAGAAUGAUGCUUUGAUGUCAUGCUACAAGGAGAACAGCAAUGACCUAAUGAAAUGUGCUCAGCUCGCAAUGCAUUUUGCGGAUUGUGCUCGCAGGGUUAGGCAGCUAGUUGGAUCAGCUGAUAAGUAGAGUGCUGUGGGUGAAAAUCUUCAAGCAAUACAAGUGCUGCAAGCUAACUGCUAUGUCAAGUGAAACUUGGAUUUCGGUCUUUCAGAGGUGCAAAUAAACAAAGCUAAUUGCUGUUACCAUUUUUGGGUUGAACUUUGUGCCCUUAUACUAUUUUCCAUGAUUUUGUUAAAGGUCUACAUGGAUUUUAUUAAUUCAUUGUUGCAGCGUACAACUUAGAUGGUUUCAAUCAUUUACAGUUCUAGAUUUGGAUCUUUGAACAAAAUACCUCCAAGUACUGCAAGCUAAUUGCCAUGUCUAGUGAAACUUGGAUCUCUGAGGAGCGAAUACACAAAGCUAAUUGUUGUUACCAUUUCUGGGAUGAACUUUAGGCCAUUAAACUGUCUUCCAUGAU